AUGUUACCGUGCAAUCGUUUAUCUUUUAAGAGACUAACUUAUCAAGGUUUAUCUCGGUUAUUCUCACCGUUGUCAAUACAAGAUGAUAUAAAAAAUAUUUCUGUUAAUGAAGGGGUUUUCCCUACCACUGCGGUAAAUGUUCUAACAAAUGAGCGCACUGUUUUUGAUUUAUCGCUUGGUGUUGGUCGAAAGUACGCCAUAAAAGGUGGUUACAAAUUACCUAAAGCGGCUAUCGAAGGGUUAAAAAAUGCACUGGUGACUUGCCGCAGAUCACCGAAACAGUUGCAGCAUGAGGCAGAUCAGCUAAACAAUUAUCUUCGACAACGAAUUUUUCCCUCUUCACCUGAAUUAAUCCGUCAGGUUCGGCGACAAAUUAAAACUGAAUUGAAAGAGAAGGAAUCAGAAGCAGAUGACAAUGGUUGUGUUUCAGAAAAAAUUCAAGAAGCUAAAGAUGAACGACUCAAUAAGGAAGUCAAUAAAAUCCUUCGUCAUAAAUAUUACAAUUGGCGCCCUCUGGCAUUUUCUUCGAAGGAAAGUGCUGCUACAUAUGUUCUUGCAAGGUUAUCCGCCAAUUAUGCAGAGAUAUUUCAUGUGCUGAAUCAUUUCAAGAAGAUAAAAUUCAUCCCAAAAAACGUGCUUGAUUACGGCAGUGGUUCGGGUGCAGCUUUUUGGGCUUGCCAUGAAAUGUGGGGUGAUGAUGUCGAGGAAUAUCAGCUUGUUGAAUCUAACGAAUUUAUAAAACAGUUCGCAAUGGAUAUCCUCCGAGGUGAAAGAUCAGCUGAAAACCAAGCUCUGGUGCAUCAGAACAUAACCUUUCGUCGUCAUUUAAUACCUUCUUCCGCAAAAAAAUUUGAUCUUGUUAUUGCUCACCGCGUUUUAAUUGAAAUCGCUUCUCAAAGUUCUCGUAUAGACCUUCUUAACGCAUUAUGGCAUCGAACAAACAGAUUUUUAUUAUUGGUCGAGGCGAGUUCAAAGAGUGCAUUUAAUGCGCUUUUGGAAGCUCGAGAUUACUUAUUGAAUGCAAGUUAUGAGAUACAUGCAGAAAAUUGCGCUGAAAAAUUGAAGCAACUCGGAUUAUUUAAUGCAGAAAUUGAAUCGGUUCUCAAAGAUGAAAGUAUUUCGGAUUAUGAACGAUUCAUUGUUCUUAAAGAAAUGAUACCAUCAGAUGUGGAGAUUCCUACAAGGUUGCCUACCUGUUCCGUUUUCGCUCCUUGUCCUCAUGAUCAAGGCUGUCCUAAACUGUCAUCAGAAAAAUCUUGUAAAUUCAAAAUCAGGUGGAUCGAUUUGCGAGCCGAUGGAAAGAAAAUGCCGAAUUCUGAUGGAACCACUACUAACUCGAUUUGCUACAUAUCACAUAAUGGAGGACAAGUUCAGUGUACUGUUUGUACACCUUUUUUCGGUGUUCAACGAAUUGUGAUUUCGAAAAAAAUGAACAGCAUUUAUAAGAAGGUUGCUCGGAAGAAGCCGGAUGAAGUGAUAUUUAUCAAUGUGGUUUUUUCAUUUUUUUGA